GCAUGGGUCGGGAAGCGUCUAAGAAGUCAUGCUGCAGGCACCACCCUCGUCUGCAGCGCUACGUCCUACAGCCGCUACUGCUGGUGGUGAUGGUGGCGGUGGUGGUGGUACCCACGACGCUGGUCUUCCUCAGGCACAAGGCUGAGCUCGCCGCGUCCAAGUCCAGGAUAUCUUGUCUGGCUGUUGACGUAAGUGAGUCAGAGUGCACCAGUUCUGGGUGCCUGUGGUCCCCCAUAGAGGGUGGCGCGCCCUCGUGCUACUUCCCCCCCGCCGACACCCACGGGUACAGGGUGCUAGAUCGCACCUACACCGACCCUGGCAUCUGGACCCUACAGCUGGGCCUGCUGGACACCUCAGCCAAGGUCGUCCCAGAACUCAAGCAAGAACUUGUCCUCGAGCUCACGCAGUACGGCGACGCCAUGUUCAGAGUCAGGAUAAGAGUGCCUGGCGAGGAGAGGUUCGAGCCACCCGUGCCCCUGCAGUUGCCAGUCCCCCAGGCGCCGGACCAGGAGCUCUACGACGUCGCCUUCUCUGCUGAUGACGUCAUAGGCCAAGUGUUCACCCUUGUCGUCACCCGCAAGGACUCUGGCACCGUCAUUUUCGACAGUGGUCUGGGUGGGCUGACGUACGCGUCGCAGUUCCUGCAGGUGGCGACGUCGUUGCCGUCCUCCGACGUCUACGGUCUGGGGGAGCACGCGCACGCCUCCUUCAGGCACAGCUUCGCCUCCCCCAUCGUCUACCCCAUCUUUGCCAGGGCACAGCCUCCCUACCCAGGGUCGACCACAAACCUGUACGGCGCCCACCCCGUGUACUACGUCAUCGAGGACGACACUCACGCCCACGCCGUCCUGUGGCUCAACAGCAACGCCAUGGAGGCUGAACUCAUCCCCAAGCCCGGGCUGGCCCUGCGCGCCAUAGGGGGCGUGAUGGACCUCUUCUUCCUGCUGGGGCCCGCCCCUAACAGCGUCGUUCAGCAGUACGCCCAGCUUGUGGGGCUCCCUGCCAUGCCCCCAUACUGGGCUCUGGGGCACCACAUUGGCAGGCUCGGAUACAACAACACGGAAGAAAUACGGGACGUGGUCUCUAGAACGCGUCGCAACGGCAUCCCCCAAGAUGUCCAGCACGGUGACAUCGACAUCAUGCACCAUAACCUGGACUUCACCAUCGACAACGACAACUUCAGCCAACUGCCAGAGUUCGUCAAAAAAAUUAAAGAUGAAGGCGUCAAGUUCAUGACAGUUCUUGACCCAGCCAUUAAUGCCGAGCUAGGGCCGGACUACGAGGUCCACGUGCGCGGGGUCGCCGGCAACGUCUACGUCACGUGGGGCGGUGACGUAGAGCUGCCUGACGGCGGCAACAACUAUGGCGCCGGUGACCUACUCCUUGGACAUGCCCGGCCCGACAACAGGUCCGCGUUCGCAGACUUCCUGCGUCCGGCCACCCAGACAUGGUGGGGCGAUGAGAUCCUGCGCUUCAGGGACGCCCUGCAGUUCGAUGGACUCUUGAUUGACAUGAACGAGCCUGUAAGCCUCAACACCAACUCGGAACAAGACGUGCUCAGUCUGAGCUGCCCAAACUCUACGUGGGACGACCCGCCCUACUCCACGAGAGCAGGCGUCGUUAGGCUGUCGAGCGGCACGAUAUGCAUGAACGCCCGCCAUGACACCUACCGCCACUACGACGUACACAACCUGCACGGCUGGUCUCAGUCGCAGCCCACGCUGCAGGGGCUGGAGAAGGCCACGUCGCGUCGUGGUGUGGUGGUGUCGAGGUCUACAUACCCCAGCAGCGGCCGCUGGGCGGGCCACUGGCUGGGUGACACUCAGGCCUCCUGGUCCCACCUUGCGGCCUCCGUUGUGGGUUUGCUUGAGUUCAAUUUAUUCGGCAUCCCGUACGUGGGCGCGGACAUCUGCGGCUACUCCGGCCAAGCGUCGGAGGAGCUCUGCGCUCGCUGGGUGCAGCUGGGGGCCUUUUAUACCUUCAGCAGGAACCACAACGGCAGGGAAUACCCUCCUCAGGACCCAAGCCUGUGGCCUACCGUGGCCGCUGCUGCGCGAGCAUCGCUGCGUCAGCGCUUCUUGCUUCUGCCGCAUCUCUACACGCUGCACCACAGGGCGGCGACGCGGGGCGAGGCUGUCAUCCGCUCCUUGGCCUUCCAGUUUCCUCAGGACCGGAACGCGCGCUCUGUCUCGACGCAGUUCCUGUGGGGCGGCGCCGUCAUGAUCUGCCCCGCUCUGCGACCGGGGGUAUCGCAAGUGGAAGUUUAUUUUCCGUCAGCCGGGCGUUGGUUCUCCAUUAGCGACGGGAGACUGUGGACCGAAGUUGCUCGCUACCGCAACGUGUCGGCCCCCCUGGACGGGGAGGUACCGGUGUUCCUCAACGGGGGAGCCAUCGUGCCUACCCAGCGGCCUGCCCUCAACACCCUCAUGUCCAGGAAGAACCCAAUGGGACUCAUCGUGGCACCUGGCAAUGAUGGCACCGCUACUGGUGACCUCUUCUGGGACGACGGCGACUCUCUGGACUCUGUCGGCUCCGGGAACUAUUUCUAUGCCAACUUUUCCUACGACGAGGCUCGGAACGCCCUACGGUGGACAGUUGUGACGUCGGGGCCUCCCUCCCUCACCGAGGGCCUCAAACUGUCAGACGUGACCGUGUUCUACGUGGCCUCCAGACCCCGUCAGCUCCUGCUGGACGGUCAACGCGUCACCACCGGCGACUGGCACUACGAUGACGUCUAUAAUGUGCUGAGAGUGUAUGACCUCCAGCUUCCUCUGGACUCGAAUUUUGAGCUUUCCUGGAGCACCGACCUCAGCGACCUGCUCCUGCCAUGCCCUAUUUCUUAUGCAGGCGCUGCAGGGUCGACGCCCGUGGCCACAAGCGCUGAGUGUGCGGCGCGGCACUGUGUCUGGAACGACCAAGCUAACAUAACCUGCUCACUGCCCCCGCCCUCAGCCUUGGGUUACGUCAUCGCGGGUGCCAAGGUUCCUACAGAGACGGGGUUCAAGGUCCCCUUGUCCAAGUUGGGGGACCCUGUCUUCCAAGACCCCAUCGUUAAUGUCACUUUUGAGGUCUUCAUACUAGCAGACCAUCUGCUUAGAGUCAAGCUGUACGACGCGAGCGAGUCACGCUUCGAGGUGCCCAUCGUCCUGAACCUGCCGUCGAGCUCAGCUUCGUCGCCGCUGUAUGAGCUCAAACUGACGUCGGAGGUCCCCGGUGACGUGUUCUCCUUCACCGUCGUCAGGAGGGCCACUGGCACCGUCAUUUUCGACACGAGUCUCGGUGGUUUGAUUCUAGAAGACCAGUUCCUGAGCGUGACGACGCUGCUGCCCAGCAAGAACGUCUACGGUAUGGGGGAGAACACCCACCCCUCCUUCAGGACACAGAUGGACGGCACCGUCUGGAGUCUCUUUGCUCGCGACCAGUGGCCUGAAGUGGACCUGAAAGUGAACCUGUACGGCACGCACCCGUACUACUCGUGCGUCGAGAACGACGGCCGCGCGCACGGCGUGCUGCUGCUCAACAGCAACGCCAUGGACUACCAGUUCCUCGACUACCCCUCCCUGACGUACCGAACUAUCGGAGGCAUCUUAGACUUUUUCUUCGUUCUCGGACCUGAACCUGAGACUGUAACCUCGCAGUACACAGCUCUGAUCGGCCGUCCUGUCAUGCCUCCUUACUGGGCUUUGGGUUUCCAGCUCUCCAGGUACGGCUACGAGGACCUGCAGCACAUGAAGGACGCUAUGAACAGGACGCUGCAACUGGACAUACCCAUUGAUGUUCAAUACGCGGACAUCGAUCACAUGGAUCGGCAAAAGGACUUCACUCUCGACGAAGAGAAGUUCGGUGGGCUGGGGGCCUAUGCUGAGGAGCUUCACGCGUCGGGGCAUCGCUUCAUAAUCAUUCUGGACCCGGCCAUCAAUGUGGAGCUCUCGGAAAGUGAGUACCCAACUCACGCUCGAGCGCUGGCCGCGGACGCCUACAUCAAGUGGCCGGAGGGCACGGACCAGGCGACGCUGGACUACAACAAUGGCGGAGGAAGCUCCAUGAUGCUCGCCUAUGUUUGGCCCGAGAACCGCACUGCGUUCCCCAACUGGCACAAGCAGGCAACCCAGGAAUGGUGGACGAAAGAAAUUCGCCUCUUCCACCAGAAAAUUCCCUUCGACGGCCUCUGGAUUGAUAUGAAUGAGCCUGCUGCGUUUGACACUAACAUGGAUCAGCCCUGGAACUGGCCGGACUGGCAGCCACAACCCUGGAACCUCAAGUGUCCCCAGUCUAAGUGGGACGACCCACCUUACGUCACCAAGGCCGGCAACGUUGGUCCUUCAUACCGCAUGUCGGACAAGACGCUGUGUCUCGCCGCUGACGAAGCUCCCUACCGUCACUACGACGUGCACAACCUCUACGGCUGGGCACAGACUCCACCCACUCUCAGAUUGCACUCAGGUAUGCUUGAGUUCAACUUAUUCGGCAUCCCGUACAUCGGGGCGGACAUCUGCGGCUUCACCGGCACCGCGACGGAGGAGCUCUGCGCCCGCUGGAUGCAGCUGGGGGCCUUCUACCCCUUCAGCAGGAACCACAACGGCAAGGGUGAAGUCGACCAGGACCCUGGCAUGUGGCCCGACACGGUGGCCUCCUGGUCUCGGGCGGCGCUACUGGAGCGCUACCGCCUCCUGCCUCACCUCUACACGCUCUUCUUCAGGGCCGCCACGCAGGGACAGACAGUCGUGCGCUCCCUUGCUCAAGAAUUCCCCAGAGAUCGCAACUGCCUGGACAUUGACGACCAGUUCCUGUGGGGUUCAAGCUUCCUCAUUUCCCCGGUACUGGAGGAGGGCGCUACGAAUCGUACUAUUUACUUUCCCAUUGAUGCCUGGUACGACUAUCGUACGGGUCGACCUGUGGAGUGGCCUGGUGCAACGAAUUUGGUGGACGCCCCUCUGAGCACUAUCCCCCUCCACGUACGUGGGGGAAUUAUACUCCCCCUACAGGAACCUGCCACCUCCACCGUCCUGAGCGUGAGAAAUCCCAUGGGGCUGCUAGUCGCUGUGGGAUUCGACAGAACUGCGAGUGGGGAACUCUUCUGGGAUAACCUGAAUGGGGCGACGACCGUCGCCGAUAACCUGUACAGCUUCGUGGUCUUCUCAUUCGUUGAAGACACUCUAUCAUUGACGGUAGAACGCAACAACCGAGAGGACCUUGGUGCUCUGAACCUGCGCGACAUCACCGUCUACGGCAUCCAGAAGAAGCCCUCCAACAUGAGCGUCUCGGGCGACUACGACUACGACGCAGAAAACAUGAAACUCACAGUCGUUCUUGACCCAGUGCACAUCAUGAACCAGAACUUGAUCAUCCAUUUCAGUGAUAUGUGGCUCACUUAGUUCACCUUUAGUGUAGUGACCGUGCCCGAGACCAGUUAGGUGAUGGGUGGCUCACAUAGUUCACCUUUAGUGUAGUGACCGUCCCCGAGGCCAGUUAGGUGAUAUGUGGCUCACUUAGUUCACCAUUAGUGUAGUGACCGUCCCCGAGACCAGUUAGGUGAUAUGUGGCUCACAUAGUUCACCUUUAGUGUAGUGACCGUCCCCGAGGCCAGUUAGGUGAUAUGUGGCUCACUUAGUUCACCUUUAGUGUAAUGACCAU